AUGGGGGCGCUGGAGAUGUGGAUGGGGGCGCUGGAGAUGUGGAUGGGGGCGCUGGAGAUGGGAUGGGGGAACUGGAGAUGGGAUGGGGGGGCUAGAGAUGUGGAUGGGGGAGCUGGAGAUGGUAUUGAGGUGCUGGAGAUGGAUGGGGGAACUGGAGAUGGGAUGGGGUUUCUGGAGAAAGGAUGGGGGCGCUGGAGAUGGGAUGGGAGCACUGGAGAUGGGAUUGGGGAACUGGAGAUGGGAUGGGGCUGCUGGAGAUGGGAAGGGGGAGCUGGAGAUGGGAUGGGGGAGCUGGAGAUGGGAUGGGGGCACUGGGGAUGGGAUGGGGGAACUGGAGAUGGGAUGGGGUUUCUGGAGAUGGGAUGGGGCCGCUGGAGAUCUGGAUGGGGCGCUGGAGAUGUGGAUGGGGGCGCUGGAGAUGUGGAUGGGGGCGUUGGAGAUGGGAUGGGGGAGAGCUGGAGAUGUGGUUGA